GACGCCGGCCGCCAGCAGUAUCAGCCCGAGGGCAAGGAGCGAGUGAGUACGUAGGACCGAGAUGAGCGCGGGUCUUAAGACGGCGACGACGAUGUCGAACAUCGCCAAGUGCGUGAGCGCGCCGCUCAAGCCCGGGUGGUGGAAGUUCACCUCCGCCACUGGCGCGUCCGCGGGCGCGCUCUCCGCCCUGACGGGCCUGGGAGGGGCGGUGAUUUUCGUCCCCGCGUGCAAACAGCUCGGCAUGACGGCGAAGAAGAUCAUCGGCACCAGCGUGGUCGCGGUGACGUGCGCGACGACCGCUGGAAGCAUCGCGUACACCCAGAACAACGUCACCGACAUCCCCGCCGCGGUCGCCAUCGGCGCGGUGGGAGCCGCCACGACCCCGAUCGGCCAGAGGAUCGCCAAGGGGGUGAGCGGAAAGACGCUCAGGGUCUGGUGCGGGGUCGCGCUCCUCGCGUGCGCCCCCACCGCGUUCAUGAAGAAGGAGAAGCACGAGUCCACCCAGGACGCGGAUCACAUCCCGGGGGACAUCGCGGAGACGCGCGCGGGGGGCGCCGCCGCGCUCGCGCUCGCCGGAAAGGCGGACGAGCUCGUCGCCAAGGGGGGCAUCCUCUCGUACCUCAAAUCCAGAUCUGCGGCGAUGGCGCCCGCGGCGGCGACCGCGGCGACGCCCGACGAGAAGAAGCAGCCCACCGUGCCGUCAGUGGACGAGAGUUCUGCGGGUGAGACCCCAGCUCACAGCGGCAGCGCCAUCGAGAACACGAAGAUGCAGUUCCGGGAACGACUGGACGCCGCCGGGGGCGAUUACUGGCAAGCCCUCCUGAACGAGAAGGAUAACCUGAUACUCGGGAUCGCGGUGGGGUUGCUGCAGGGCACGGUGGGUAUCGGCGGCGGGGUGCUGGUGACGACGUACAUGAGCGUCGCGACCGACAUGGAGGUUCACAGGAUCUGCGCCACCGCGUUGAUGGCCACGCUGGUGACCAACACCGCGGUGUGCACGCAUCACUUCGUCAACGGCAACGUGAGGCUGAGAGUCGCGGCGGUGCUCGGCGCGUCGGCGAUGGCGGCGAGUUACGUCACGGCUAAGAACGUGAGCCUCGCGGUGCCGGAGCCGGUCAUCAGGGGGUUCAUCGCUGCGGCGCUGGUGGCGUCCGGCGUGAGCAUGUUCCGCUGAUGGAGCGAGAGUUGAUUUUUUUUAUCCCGCGCGGAUGUGACCCCUCCCCCCGGCUGUAACCAAAUUGGUUGAAGCCUCCGCCCCAGGCGAGCGAUCGAGCGCUCGCGUCGGGACGGGGGAACCUCGUUACUAUUACCGGUAUACCAAUACUGCUAUAUAAUAUAACAGAGCAUUCUUGACG